AUGAAAUUUGCUCUUCAAUACCAUGCUGUUAAUGAACGAAAUAGUGAUGAAUGGACUCCACUUCAUAACGCUGCAUCAAAUGGACAAAUUGAUGCGUGCAAACUUCUUUUAUCACAACCAGGAAUUGAUUUAAAUCCAACAAACAAUCACAAUGAAACGCCACUUGACUUGGCAAUUAAAAAAGGCUAUCAAACUGUUAUUGAUUAUUUGAGACAAAACGGAUGUGUUGCAUCAUCACCACCACGACAAAAUAGACGUAAGUAUUAUAAUUCCCCUCCAAAAGCUCUUUCACCAAUUGAUGAGCUUAAAAAUCUUAAACCAAAUCCAUCUAACUUUAAUUCAAUAUACAAAAUUGUUGAUAAUGCAAUUUUGAAUCAGGAUGCUAAUACAAUUAGAUUUGCAAUUGAAAAUGAAUAUAUGAAAGUCCAAGACACAGACAAACCUUUUUAUAAUAAUGUUGCUCUUGAAGCUGCUUUUAGAGGAGGUCGAGACUUUAUUAUAUUUUUGGAGGUUUGCGGAUACAAUCCUAAGAAUGAUUUCUUUCUUCACAAGUUUGCUCAGAUUGGAGAUGUUGAAGGUGUAGAAUAUGCACUCAAAUUCCAUGAUAUUAAUGAAAAAGGCGAAAAUUGGUGGACUCCUCUUCAUUACGCUGUAGACAGAUGUCAAAUGGAAUCUUGUAAACUUCUUUUAUCAAAACAAGGAAUUGAAAAAAAUCAAUUAAAUCAAAAAGAUGAGACUCCCCUCGACCUUGCUAAUAGAGUAUUUAAGGAUGAAACUGAAGCUGAGAAAAAUGCUCGUCAAGAACUUGUUGAUUUUUUGAAAAGCCAAGGAUGUCAAGAGAGUAUCAUAAAACCAAUUAUAAUAGAUGAUGAACAAAAGGAACCAUUGAAUAUUCCACAAGAUUUAUCAUCUAUUCAAAAGCUUCAACAUGUUCCAAAAGAACCAAGAAACUUUGAUAUGAUUUUUGGAAUUCUUCUCGAUUCUUACGAGAAAAAUGAUCAUGAAACUAUUGAAUAUGCAGUUAAAAAUGAUUAUCUGAAGCUUACAAAAGCUGGUGAUAGAUUAACAAAUAUUGUCAUUGAAGCAGCAACUAAAGCAAAUCUUAAAUUCAUUCAAUAUCUAGAGAAAUACGGAUACAGUCCUAAAGAUGAUUUCAUUCUUCACGAAUUUAGUUACAUUGGAGAUGUUGAAGGUAUGAAAUUUGCACUUCAAUACCACAAUGUUAAUGAAAGAGACGGUGGUGAAAGAACUGCACUUCAUAUUGCUGCAUCAAGCGGACAAAUCGAUGCAUGCAAACUACUUUUAUCACAACCAGAAAUUGAUAAGAAUCCAACAAACAAUCGCAAUGAAAUGCCACUUGACUUGGCUAUUAAAAACGAUAAUCAAACUGUUAUUGAUUAUUUGAUCAGCAAUGGAUGCGAGGAAACACAGAAAACACUUGUCCCUGGUCAGGUUCGAAUUCAUGUAAUUAACUAA